AAAAAGAAUAAAUAUUUGAUUUUAAAUUCUCUGUUUUACAUGUUAGAUAAUUUCUUUAAUAAAGGAUAAUUCUACAUAGUAUGCAUUUUAAAACUAUUUUUAUACAUCGGGCUCGAUGUACCACAAAUUAAAAUCGCUUGGGAGAAUUUGACUUGAGGCAAACGAAAACAAAGAUUUCAACAUGGAACAUGAUGAAAUAACCGAUGAUGCUACAGAUGAAGACGAUCAGAAACCACAACCAAGUGAAGACAUUAGAAAAAGUGGAAGGAAAAAACGCCCUCCUGCUUCAUAUUCCCCUGAGCGAACAGAGAUAAAAAGAAGACGUGUAUUUAAAAAAAAUGCCGUCAACUCUACGAAUAGAAAGUGUGAUUUGCUUCCAAAUGGAGAACCAUUUAGCUGUGGCCGAUGUGGAUCACCUUAUGUGGUAAACAAGAGAAGUAAAACAUCCUUGAAGAAUUGUCAGUCUAGACAUCGACCAAUGCCAUAUGAGAUAUAUGACCCUAUUACUAAAAAAAAUCUCCUGAUUUGUAACUUUUGCUACCUUAUUUUUGUCAAACAGAGGGCCAAGAGAGCUUCUUUGACCAAGAAGCCAGAACCAGAAGUAAAAGAACACUAUUUACAGACUUGUCAAGUAGAAGCUCAAGCACUGGCCAACAGGCUGCAAAAACCAGAAGCUAAUCGGUUGUUUUGUCCUGAAUACUCAAAGGAACCAUGUGGCUGUAUACAAAAGUACUUAAAGAAUCAAGGAGACCCAGGCCAAGCAGAUGUAAGAGCAAGAGAAUUAUGUGAUUUACUGCAGAGAGCACUUCAGCUGGCUAAGCUGAAAUUUUAUCCACUUCCUGAGUUGGACAGCAAUGAUAAACCCAUCCGGAAGAAUGCAAGAAAGAAAAACUUUGUGGGACUUGGAAUGGGCCACAAGAGGUCCCGAGCCUUUGAAGCAUUUGUAAUGGAGAAGCGUCAGUAUUUGAGGAACAUAGUCAAGUUGUGCGAGAGAGGAUGUCAGAAAGUUCUUGCAUACUCAAAUAACUUUCUGCAUAAGCGACUCAGAACAGAAAAGGAUAACUGUCGUGUGGUUAUACAAAGAAGCAAAAGAACAAUGGGGCUGUUGACUGCCUUUGAGGAAUUUUCCAAAAAUAAAUGUUGUGUUGAUAAUUGUGUCAAGAUGGCAGAUACUCAUAGGAAGUUACUGGCAGACUGGAGGGAACGAGCCAGAACCAGCCAGAUAGAGGCCAGGAGGGUGAUCGCCGAAAUGUUGAUUCCUUCAGCUGGGUGCAGUAAAAACUGUUACAACUUUAUUAACAUGGUGACUGGGUCCUCUAAGGGGGUCAUCUCAAAAGUCAGUCAGCAGAUGCUGUGGACGGGUGGAGACAAAGAACCUCCAGUGCAUGGUCUGGUCAAGAAAGCAAACAGUAUCAAGGCCGAGGACCAUACACAGAGUCAACCCCAGUCUCUCAUAAAAGCAAAUACUGAUGUCUCUAAUGUUGUCAAUCCUAGUCUUGAUGUUCAGGACAUCUAUGGUCAGCCCUCUGGAGAGCUAGAACAAGUCUCAGGGCAUCCUGAGGGUCAAACUCACAGCCAACCAGAUCCCAAACAGCAAGCUGUUAUCAGUCCGGAUUCCCAGCAACAGCAACUCCUGCAGCUCCAGCAGAUAUUUGAGCAUCAGCAACAACAGCUCAUCCAGCAACAGCUCCUGCAGCACACGCUGCUCAACGAAAGAAUGGAUAACUCUCCAUGUACUGCACAGAAUGUUAUCUCAAUACAACAGUUAAUGGACCAAAUGAGUGUCCAGGUAAUGAAUACCCAACUACAGCUUCAGCAGUCUUUGCAACAACUGAUUGCCAUGGGAACCCAAUCCAACCAAUCAGAAUUGUCAGUACCUACUGUCAAUCAAAGUCAGCUGAUAUUGCCAGCCAAUCAGCAGCAUAGAGGUGUGAUAGUUAAUAACCAACAGGAAAACUUGCAGGAAAACACCUUGAUUAGACCUCCACCAACAGACCAGCACACCACUGUAGACCAGACUCCACAGCCUGUGUACAUUCAGCUAAAUCAAUCAGUGGGACAGACCUCUUACAUCCAGGGACUCCCCAUGACCCAGCCUAAUUAUCUGACCCCAGUGGGUACCUUUGUAUAUUCCAGGGGAAAUUCCACCUUCAUACCUUACAACCAAUCUGGCAUCAGUUCAAGUAAUAGUGCCCAGACAGGUGUGUCAACUGUCAAUUCUUCUUUCAGUCAGACUGCAAACAUGCAAUGUACUACAACAGCUAGUACUGCCAGAGCUAUCAAUGGAGGUGACAGAAUUCAGAGUAGUUCAUCAGGCUCUGCUUUUGUGACAGUGUCUAAACCUACAGAAAAUGUGACACCAAAUGUAGUGACAUCAGUUACUAAGAGUCAGCCCUCACAGAUAACAGUUGUGUAUCCUGGAACUAAGAGUUUUGUUAAGCAGAAAGUUCCAGCGUCUACAAGUUCUAGUUCUGUGGCCAAUGACUCUACUGUGGGAGUUCUUAGAAGUGGUGUGAGAGCACUGGGAGAUACACAAAAUAUGAGGUAUUCAGUUGCUCCUACUGCCAGACAAGUCACAAAACCUGCAAAAGAAUCAUUUGCAACAUAUGCAACUUCAGUGCCUUUGAAUCCAGCCAAAACUUCUGACCAAGGGCAAACAGUAGCAUCAUUCCCCAUUUCAACCCCGAACUGUGUUCCUCCGUCUUCAGACAAAGUGAUUCAGGUGCAAGCUAUUACAGACCCAAACAUGCUACUGAAGCUGUUGGAACAGUCCUCUUGUGUUCAGACACCUAACAGUACAACGAGCACAAAACCUGCUCCAGUUACUUCAACUUUUAUGGGUGAAGCAGACAACACAAGAAUAAACUCUGUUGUACAUAUAAAUCCCAAUCAAGGUAACAUUCUUGUUCAGGAAAACCACUCACAAGUGAUUCAUGUUUCCAGUGUGCCAACUGGGAUCACAAAUAGCACAAAUGUAAACCCACCUUCAUACACCUACAUAUUUAACCCCACGACCCCACCCUCCCAACCUGUUACAGUCGAUGUUGGUCAUCAAAUAGAGCAACCCCCAGCAGCUGUUGCAACAACCAUGAACUCAAACAUAGCUCCAAAUUCAGGGGGUGCAAUGAACUGUGUGAACUCGCCGAAUACUGGCCUUGCUACCCAAAACCUCCCAAACCCUCAGUUAGUGGCCAUUGACCCUAACCUGUUAAUCAGGCUGUGUCAGCAAGCCUUCUCGUAUCAAGCCCUUGAUCCCAGUAAAGACAGGCCCAAGAAAACGCAGUGAACAUCUAGGAAUUGUUGAAGGUAUAUUUUUGUAAAUCAUAAAUAUAUAUGGAAUUUUUGUUUAUAUAGAUCUGUUGUGAAUAGGUUUAUAAAUCAAUAGAUUGUUAAAAGUAUUUUUGCCAAUUUGUAUUAACACACUGUUGCCAAGGUGAAUCAAUAUUAAUAAUUUCAUGAUUUUAGUAUUUGACAUUUGUUAGUUAUUCAUGUUUUGUUUUUAAAAAAGCUGUUCAACAUUGUUAUUUUUGUGCUUUGAUAUUUUUGGUUAACGAUUGUAAUCAAUAAUGAACAUUUAAAUAUGGCACAUAUGUAGACUAUGUCUAAUUGCUUUGAAGUUAAAAUACCUACAUUCGUGGACAAAGGAAGGGCACCUAUAUUAUUAUAUGUGUACGAUUUUUAAUCAGAGUAUUUUGUAAUGGUUUAGUUGUAUACAUGACUAUUUUGCCAUAAAUAUUUUAAAACAAAAUUUGCCUUAAUUCUGUUUAAUUGAAGAAAUUCCCAAACUCAUGAAAUAAGCUUAAAUGAUAUGACUCUGAUAAAGCAUUGGUUUAAAUUGUAAUAAUCGUGUCGAAAAACAAGAGGCCUAUGGGCCACAUCGCUCACCUGAGCAACAA